CGGAUUAUAUUUUUGAUUUUUCUUCGUGUCCAAUAUAAAAUUUCGUGCAUCUCUCACUCAGUGCUGUGUAUUUUUUUUACGAAAUUUUCAAAUAAAUUCAAAAUUUUCCACUUGUUCAGUUGGUUUCGUUGCAGCAUAAGAAAUUCUCGAAUAGAUAGCCACGAAAAAUCCAAAGACAAAUUUUUAUAAACAUCCUUUAAUGAAGGAAUGCAUAUAUUUGCUACCGGAUUCAGCCGAAAUGCCCUGCUGGUAUUAUGAUAAGAAGGAUCUCAAAGUGACACCAUCGAUUCAGGAUGGGAUUUCGUUUGAGACGGAACGACGUUAUCGCAAGGAGGGCGCUCGUUUUAUUAUGAAUUGCGGCACCCAAAUGGGCCUGGGCCACAAUACCAUGGCCACGGGUGUUGUGUAUUUUCAUCGUUUCUACAUGUUCCAUACAUUCAAGAAUUUUCCGCGUUAUGUGACGGCGUGCUGUUGUCUGCUGCUAGCUGGAAAAGUGGAAGAAACACCAAAGAAAUGUCGAGAUAUCAUCAGAACAGCAAGAAGUCUCCUCACAGACUCGCAAUUCUUCUCGUUUGGCGAUGAUCCCAAAGAAGAGGUAAUGACACUGGAGCGAAUUCUCCUUCAAACCAUCAAGUUCGACCUACAAGUGGAACACCCCUACAGCUUUCUGCUGAAAUAUGCCAAGUGCAUUAAAGGCGACCAAGCUAAGUUGCAGAAAAUGGUGCAAAUGGCAUGGAACUUUGUCAAUGACUCACUCAGUACAGUUGUGUGCCUGCAAUGGGAACCGGAGAUAAUAGCAGUGGCUCUCAUCCACUUGGCCAGUAAACUCAGCAAGUUUACAGUGGUAGACUGGGUGGGGCGGCAGCCGAGUCAUCUGCGAUGGUGGGACAUGUUUGUCUCCGAUGUAACAAUGGAGAUUCUAGAGGAUAUCUGUCAUCAGGUACUGGACCUCUAUCAGCCCAGUCAUGCCAAUAACGACACUAACAGUCCCCCUCAGAAGCCGCCGAGUCGUGCCGAAUCACCGACAAGCAUACCGCAGACGUUGCCACCGGCAGUUCCUCGAGAUCGUGAUGCGUCGCCUGCUGCAUUAACCAACGCGAAAAAUGCAGCACCACCCCAACAGCAGCAACAACAGCCGACCUAUAACAAACCCUUGGUCGAAGAAAAGAUGGAAGUCAAUACCAUAGCGACUACCUCAUCCAUUAAGACACUGCAACCGCCGCCGGAGCCUAUGCCCUACAUGUACACAGACAACUACAUGCAGAUGUACACACAUGGCUCGCACUAUCCACCUCAAAUACCUGGAUCCUCACAAAUGGUACCCCCUACAAGCGCACCGCCACCGUUGCCACCACCGCCAAUGUACGGCGCACAAUUCCCCAUGUCCUCGCAGCCCAUUCCCUCGCACUAUGGAGGCGCUAUCCCGCCACCCCUACCCUCACAUCGAUCCGGACCACCGCCGCAGCAUAUUGGCCCGCCCAUUCACCAACAUCAAGUACCGCCAAGUGGUGGCUACUACCAGCAACCGUAUGGUCGUCAGCGGUACCAGCCACCUACGUAAUAUCAUCAUCUCGACUAGUGUGACUUUGACUAGGAAUAUAGUAGAUAAAUGUAAUAAAAUAAACAGUUAAAAUGUUGAAAUAAAAUACAAAAUACUAUAUUAUCAUUCACCAAAA